AUGGACGCCGAUAUCUUCGCCAGGAGCGGUGGUAUAGGAGGCGGCGACUCGGGCGACCGACCUGGAUUUUAUAAACCCGUUGGUAUUGGUUUGGCUGUCGGUUCUGGCGUCUUCAUUGGUGUAUCCUUUGUCCUCAAGAAGUUCGGUCUAUUGCGUGCCAACGAGAAAUACAAUGAGGUUGCUGGAGAAGGAUACGGAUACCUCAAGAACUUUUGGUGGUGGACGGGUAUGAUUCUUAUGAUCAUUGGCGAGAUCCUCAACUUUGUCGCAUACGCUUUUACCGAUGCUAUCCUCGUUACGCCUCUGGGAGCUCUAUCCGUCGUUAUUGCAGCUAUUCUUUCGAGUAUCUUUCUCAAGGAACGUCUUAGUCUGGUGGGAAAGGUUGGGUGUUUUCUGUGUAUCGUUGGCUCGGUCGUCAUUGUUAUGAAUGCGCCCCAUUCGUCGUCCGUCAGCGAUAUUCAGCAGAUGCAAAGUUACUUCAUAACGCCAGGCUUUCUCACCUAUGCUGGCAUCAUUCUAGUCGGUUCUGCGGUCACUGCUAUCUGGGUUGCGCCAAAAUAUGGUAACAAGAACAUGUUGGUCUACAUCUCCAUCUGCAGUUGGAUUGGUGGAUUGAGUGUCGCAUCGACCCAGGGCUUGGGUGCUGCCAUCAUUGCUUGGAUUGGAGGCAAGCCUCAGUACAAGGAGUGGUUCCUAUGGGUUCUGUUUGUCUUUGUCAUUGGAACACUGUUGACAGAGAUCAUUUAUCUCAACAAAGCGCUCAACAUUUAUAACGCGGCUCUUGUUACUCCGACAUACUACGUCUACUUUACCAGUACUACCAUUAUCACAUCAGCGAUCCUUUACCAAGGUUUUAAGGGCUCUGUCCAGUCUAUUGUGACCGUGGUGUUGGGUUUCUUGACCAUCUGCUCUGGAGUAGUAUUACUACAAAUAUCGAAAUCAGCAAAGGAUGUGCCUGAUGCUGCUAUCUUCAAUGGUGAUCUCGACCAGAUCCAAACCAUUGUCGAACAGGAGCAGCCAGAGACGGAUCCCAAGGCCGACGCCAUCCGUGGAACAGCUGCCAUUGUGCGACAGAUCUCUCAGCGAAGACUUAGAAUGGAGGCCGAAGAGCUCAAGCGACUCCACGAGGAAAAGAUGAUGAUGGAAACCAUGGAUCCUAUCCGUGAGGAUGGAUCGCAGCCAGAGUGGGAAUGGGAUGGAUUGAGAAGGAGAAGGACAAUGACUUUCCGGACUGGACGAACCGGAACAAUUAGCAGCUCAAGAGCAGGAUCCGUAACAUCUCCUCCCCCGCAGAUACCCCCGAUCUCUCCCCGGUUUGCCGUUAGGCCAAGCAGUCCCAGACAGCACCCACCACUAGGCAUGUCCCAAUUCCCUUCGGUCGACGAUGACGAUGACGAUCGCGACGACGAUAACCGCCAAGAGACGAACACACUCUUUUCUAGUAUCGCCGGGACUAUUAGGGGCCGAGCCCGAGGCUUUACCAAUUUCUCUGGACGACACGCCAACGACGAUCACGAAGACGAUAAGCCCCGUCCUCGGAGCCCGAUGCCUCCCGUCCCUCUAACCGAGAUUGCCGUCCCCCGGGACAAGGCCGACGAAGAACAUACCGCUUACUACGGUCAAACUCGCGAACACGCGUUCAAUGGUCUGGACACUGAGUACCGAGGGGCGUCAUUCCGAAGUGGUAACAGUCUAGCACCUCCGACGCCCCCGCCUCAUGGACAACCUCCCGAAAUCACACGGCGUCAGUUUUCAUUCCACAAUGUUUUUAGGCGACCUCACUCAUCGUCUAGAUCAACGUCGCAUGUCGAGGACCCAACGGAGGAAGAGCAGGCCGGACUCGUCAAGGACGAUAGCCCACCCCCCGGACCAGCCUACCGAUAG